AACUAACACCAUAAUAAAAAUAACACAUCUCUAAUACCGGGAACCAUUUCACUUAAUAUAUGACAAUGAAGAGUCUCUCCUUUCUUGCUGUUCUAUCUCUGCUGGCCUUAGCACUUCCAUUAGCCAUUUCCUCUGACCCAAGUCCCCUUCAAGACUUUUGUAUUGGCGUUAACACCCCAGCAAAUGGCGUUUUUGUGAAUGGAAAGUUUUGCAAGGACCCAAAGCUCGCGACGGCGGAUGACUUCUUUUUCUCAGGGCUUCAAAAUGCAAGACCAGUAGCUAACGCAGUCGGUUCAAAUGUGACAGCCGUCAAUGUUAACAACCUUCCAGGAUUAAACACCCUUGGGAUCUCUCUUGUCCGUAUAGACUAUGGAGUGCAAGGGCAGAAUCCACCUCAUACUCACCCACGUGCCACCGAGAUCCUGGUUCUCCAAGAAGGAACACUUUUUGUAGGUUUUGUCUCAUCAAAUGGAGACGGAAAUCGCCUCUUCACCAAAACACUGAAGCAAGGUGAUGCAUUUGUGUUUCCAGAAGGGCUCAUCCAUUUUCAGUUUAACGUGGGGCGGUCUCCAGCGGUUGCAUUCGCAGCUCUGAGCAGCCAAAACCCAGGUGUUGUCACUAUUGCCAACACCGUGUUUGGGUCUAACCCACCUAUAAACCCGAAUGUUCUUGCUAGGGCUUUCCAGUUGGAUGCUAAGGUUAUCAUGGAUCUACAGAACAAGUUCUGAAUAUCAUCAUGAUAUAACAUUGCGUGUUUUUGAAUUCUUUUCAUUUCAUGUUUUCGUCUAAAUAAGGAUCCUGUAUUUGCCUGUCCAUUGUAAUGUAACGC